AUGCUCUAUACUGAAGAAGACAAGCUAGUCUCCCGCCAGCCCGGCUCAACUAUCGAGAUCCCCGCUGGUAAGGAAUUGAGCAUUACAAACGGCAUAAUGAAAGCAACUGUUUCCAGGCACGGUAUGACUAUAGAAUUCAAAUCCCAAGAAAAGAAGCCGCUUGAAGAGUACGCCCACCAUCGACGAGCUCCCAAGAAUCCAAAAUGCAGUGCACAGGAGAUUGAAGCGCGCGAGCUGCGUCCGAUCCUACGUGGAGACUGCCUUCGCACGAUAGGGUUUGUCGUUUCCUCGCAUGCCGAUGGGGCUCUACGGAAUAAUCCCGUUAUUGGGCAGGUGAUGCCGGCUACCAAAGUCAUGAGUUUUGACGCAUAUUCCAGAAAAGUCUUUGGAUUACUGGUUGUGGGCGGUGAUACACCCGCGAGAUAUAGGAAGCAUAUCUGCUCGUCUGGCAUGACUGCGGCAUGCGAAUUCAUCUGCAGUGCGACGGCGACAUCACGCACUUUGACGCAACUAAUUCCGAGGCACGCAAGUUUGUGUGCCUGCAAGGCAAAGAAGAACUACUACGAGAAAGGCAUCCAGGUUUUCUGGCUGGACGAAGUAGAGCCCGACUACUCUAUCUAUUAUUUUAAUAUCUACCGCUAUCACGCCGGCAGUAACUUCCAGGUCGGCAACAUUUUACCCAAGAAAUACGCGCGUGGCUCUCAUGAAUUCAUGCAAGCCCAGUGUCAACCGAAUAUUGUGAAACUUCUAUGGUGCACCUGGGCAGGUAGCCAGAAAUACGGGGCGUUGUUUGGAGCGGUGGCAUCGCGUCUUCUGGGAUUCAUUUCGGAACCACUUCGCUGCAGGUUUAAUUAUGGGACUCUCUAG